AUGCCGUUGUUCAAACAGCUUCGUCGUCGCUCGAAAGCCAACUUUCACCCCAGCAAGUCGGCACCAGAGACAAAGUCCAACGAGUCUCAAUCCAAUGGGGACAUGACUUCGGGAAAAUCAUCAUCCACGCUUGAAACAGCCUCCUACAGCUCUCUCACUCCACCCUCAUCAAUCAAGCCAACUCUCUCUUCUCCUAAUCUACCAUCCCUUAGCGAAAGCAACGGCACCUCCAACAACGCUGUUUCUCCUCUUUCUGCGCCUCCCCAACGCCCUGGUCUUCUCACAGCUCCGUCGCAGCGGAAUAGCGCCUAUUUUGGCAGUAAUAUGUCUGUCAAUGGGGCUGUGCGGUCGCCUACUCCCUCCUCUCCUUAUGCGCCGAGGAUCAUUUCCAUCUCCGAUAACUCUUGGGUCCAUCAAAAGGUUCUGCUGGUGUAUGGCCAAAUAGGAGACCCAAGACAAAAUCCGCUGGACGGAACUGUAACGGUUUCCCACCAUCAGGACAGCUUCCCCUCGGUCCCGUGGCCCGUUACAUCUGCUCACUUCAAGACCCUGGUGCACCUGGUUCCCGGCCCGAAUCGCCUCCGCUUCGACUUUGUCACAGCCAAACAUUCCUCCGGCAGUGCGCAUCAGACUGUCCAUACGUCGUAUAUCUGUAUCAACUAUCUUCCCUUGGUUAAUACGCCGCCCUUGCACCUCGUCGUUCUGCUUGGAAAGGACUCCGAUGGGACAUUCGACGCCGUGCCCGAGAGACAACAGCGGGAAGGAAAUGGUCUCGAAACUGCGAUCCAAAAGUACCGCAUGGCGGCGUACCUGUGGCAGGCAUUCACUAGCGAACAGAUGUUCCGUAACAACUUUGGCCGUCGGUGUUUCCGGUUCGAAGAAGAAUGGCAAGCAGGCACUUUGAGCCGCCGCGAUGCCAUCAAUGGCCAGAUGCGGAACGAGGCCAAGGUCCACGUUGUUCGGACCGACAAGACGGUCGCAGAGCUCAGAGAUCUCAACCUCGCCCAGCAGAAUGACUCUGCUACCCACAAGGAUGAGCUGUUCCGCAUCGCACGAGAUGCGGUGAAAGACCAUUUCCGUCUUCGACCCGGUCAGAAGCAGUACGUCUCGGUCUUGCUUCUCGACUCCCAUUGGGAUGUAGGCACCCAGACCAUCACUGGCCACGCCGCUCUGGGUUCAGGCACAGGGGAUCUCAAGCUAGCGAUAUUUGGCUCCCACAGCCUGCAGAGCUAUCCCACCAGCUUGGAGGAUGUUGUCGACGCCUUGUCGGACUGCACCAGGACUGAUACAGACUAUGUGGCUAACGAUUCCGGCGAGGGCGGUUCCAGCUGGGAAGCCGCCAAUAUCGGUAUUGGUGCUCAUCUCCAUGAAGUCGGACACCUCUUUGGAUGUCCACAUCAGGAGUCGGGGAUCAUGCUCAGGGACUAUGUUCGUCUUAACCGGACUUUCCUCACACGUGAACCGUUUGCGACUCGGACGAAGACGCAGGGCCUUAAACUGUGCUUGCCUCAAGAUGAGUGUAGCUGGCAUCGGCUCGACGCUUUACGUUUUCGGUUCCACCCCUGCUUCCGACUUCCCGGCGAUGCUCCUGUGGGCUCGGAUGAUAGCGUUUCGGUUUGGCCUGUGGAGAAUGGUAAAAUCGUGUUUACUGCCUCGACGGGUAUCGCAUUCAUGGAACUCUACGCUGAAGGUGACAAUGUAUGCCACAGCUUUAUCGAAUACUUGAACAGCGAGUCGAGUAGCAACGGGCUACCAAGGCAGGUGACGGUGACGGAAAGCGAACUGCGACAACGCGUGUAUGGCACCGAGAAAGAGAAAAAGAAGUCCAUCCGCUUGGUCGUCUACUCUGGCGCCCUCGGGAGUCACAACAUUGACUCGGUCAGCAACCUGAAGUCGAAGCAGAACUUGGUCAAGCUUCCCAAGAGUCAUACCGGGUACAGAGGGAACAAAGUGGGCCUUUCGCAGCUCGAAGGUAGUGAACCAGAGCAGCUGCUGCUUGACUGUGCCUCUGUGUCGUCGACUAAGAUCCUUACCUCUAUUCGGAUAUAUCACGAUAAUGCGCUCUAUGGUCUGGAGUUCUUCUACGAGGAUGCUACGAGUCAGCUUUUCGGCAAUCGUGGUGGGAAGCCGGAUGAUUUUGUCCUCGAUACCCGGAGAGGCGAAAUCAUACUUGGAUUCUACGUUCGCGCUGGAGCGUGGGUUGAUGGCAUCGAGAUUCUGACCAGCCAGGGCAGGAAGUCUGGCAUUUAUGGAAACGCCUCGGGAGGCUCAGGGUACACUCUGAUUCCCCCACUUGGGUAUAAGAUUGCCGGCAUUUCCGGCACCAGCGGACCCUGGAUCGACGGUUUCUCACUGGUUAUUAUGCAUUGA